AUUUUGAAGUCGUCGUGGCACGUUAGACCGGCCGCCUGCCUGACGUCAAUCCUCCUUGGGAAUGCUUUUGUUGACCUUGGGCCGAGGUUUUAUUGGCUUUGGUCUGGCUUUGGCUGUUAGUCGCCUUCUACGACACCCAUGAGCUAAGUUUGGGUUGGGGGUAUUCUUAGGCGCCCACCACACGUUAAUUAUAUAAAUUGGCAAAAAUCUUAUUUUGCAAAUUGAAUAAUGGAAUAAUCUUAUCAAAUUAGUGUAUUGUCAUCGGUCCUCGAUAAAUCUACAAAGUUUGAAUGAAUUCUGGCCGUUUAAAGUGGGUCAAAAUCGCGUCUAAAGGAGUCAGCUACAAACAUACAAACAUACAUACAAGUGAAGCUAAUAUAAAGCCUGUAAAAAAAUCCGAGAUAUUAAACAAAAAUAUACAGUCCAAUUGAUUAACCUCUUAUUUUUUUUUAAGUCUAUUCAUGCUAUUUUUAAUUCGAAGCUCCGUUCCGUGAAAUUAUUUUAUUAAAAUAUUUCGUUCAUUUCUUACGUAUCCACCGUCCAGAUCAGGCUACUGUUACAAACACCUUGACGUGUGUAUAAUAAAAGACAAAACAACAAUAAUUAAAUGUUUUAAUAUUAAUGAAACUAAGCGAAACAGAAAUAUCAUUAUAAAUUUUGGAUAAGUGUUUUUUUUUUUUUUAAAUAUUGCAAAAUACUAACCGUUCUGAAAUAAAUUUGAAGAAUGAAUUACAAAAGGAUUUCACCGAAAUAUGUAUCAUCAGCAGAAUAUAAGCUGACGAAACAACAAAAACAGUUUUAUGAGGAGAAUGGCUACUUGUUAUUCAGAAACCUGUUCGAAUCGACCAGCUUAGACCGUUACAGGAAAAGAUUUUCCGAAUUAUGUCAUCAACCAGAAAAGGUAACGAUUAUCAAGGAGAACUCUUUAGUUAGCGCCAAGAAGACUCCUGAAGAAUACGUUUACAAGAUUCAGGAUAUAAUAAACGAUGAGGUCUACAUGUCGUACAGCGAAGACUCCAGAGUACUGGAUAUAGUUUCUCAGCUGAUCGGCGAUGACAUCUCCGCCGUCAAUCUGAUGCUGAUCAACAAGCCGCCGGAGUCGACCAGACACCCCGCCCAUCAGGAUCAGUGGUAUUUCCCUUUCGGGCCAACAGACAAGAUCAUAGCGAUGUGGACGGCUCUGGAUCCGGCGAACUUACAGAAUGGGUGUCUGUACAUUGUGCCGGGCUCGCACAAGUGCGGAAAACUGUUUAAGCACGUAACAUUUAAGAAUUCAAAGAAGUUCUUUCACGUUAUCGCUGACGAGGACCAGCUGGCUCCGUUGAGCAACCGACUCUAUUUGGAGAUGUCUCCGGGAGACACGGUCUUCUUCCAUCCCUACCUGAUACAUGGCUCCGGUCCUAACGAUACCAAGGACUACAGGAAGGCGUUGACCAUCCACUACGCCAACAGUGCGUGUCACUACGUCGACCUGCGGGGCACCGUGCAAGAGGAAUUGAGCACAGGUACCCUCAACAAUGCUUAUUUUGAUGUCCAUUGCUGCACGUGUAGGACUGCGGCCCAUAAACAUCACGCCUCAACGCACAAGGCUGAAGUCUCAAUCUUAAUCUACGACUGUCCUACUAAUCCAAGGAGUUUCUGUUUCUUUAUAAAAUAAAUAAUAAUUUAAAAAAACUAACGAAA